GUACUCCUCGCCUCGGGCCGUAGCUGUCGGUCGGGCUCGGGGCUCGGGCCGGUGAUCUAGGCAGGAGCGGGAGGCGUCCACUUGGAGGAGAAGAAAGUGUAUCUUGUGCUGACUGAUGUGGACUACAGACACAUUGUGAAGAAAACAAACUGCACAUAAAUAAAUAUUACCACGAUACCAAGACUACAGAAAUACUCCUCAGUAUUUUCAUGAGUCUGUAAACUAUGUGACUAGGGGCCCCUUUUCCAAAGGAUGGGGGAAAGAGCCGGAAGUCCAGACCCCGAUCAGGAGAGAAAGGCGGGCAAGCACCACUAUUCUCACUACUCGUCUGACUUUGGGUCCUCACCACAGUCUUCUGACCGUUCGUCACCCAUCCAUUUGCUUUCGUGUCCAACUACGAAGGAGAAGAAUCCCAAAAGACAGUUGUCAGAGAGCCAGGUACAUCACCAAGUCCUUAGGAAAGUUAGCCCUAAGGCUGUACCCAGCAAAAAGGGAGCCCGAGUCGGAUUUCGGUCCCAAAGCCUCAAUAGAGAGCCGCUUCGGAAAGAUCCUGACAUCGUUACAAAGCGAGUUCUUUCGGCAAGGCUUCUGAAAAUCAACGAGCUGCAGAACGAAGUGUCUGAACUGCAGGUCAAGUUAGCCCAGCUGCUCAAAGAAAACAAGGCCUUGAAAAGUCUCCAGUUUCGUCAGGAGAAAGCGCUGAAUAAGUUUGAAGACGCAGAGAGUGAAAUCUCGCAACUUAUACUGCGUCAUAACAAUGAGAUUACUGCACUCAAAGAACGCUUAAAGAAAUCUCAGGAGAAGGAGCGAGCCACAGAGAAGAGGGUGAAGGAUACGGAAGGGGAACUCUACAGGACCAAGUUUUCCUUGCAGAAACUGAAAAAGAUCUCUGAGGCUAGACACCUCCCAGAACGAGAUGAUCUGGCCAAGAAACUGGUUACGGCAGAGUUAAAAUUAGACGACACCGAGAGAAAAAUUAAGGAGCUAUCAAAAAACCUCGAGCUAAGCACUAACAGUUUCCCGCAGUUGCUUGCUGAGCGGAAAAGGGCAUUUGAGGCUAUGAUGAAACAAGUUCUUCAAAAGGAGCUGCAGCGGCUCUAUCACAAGUUAAAGGAAAAGGAGAGAGAAUUGGAUAUAAAAAACAUAUACGCUAAUCGUCUGCCCAAGUCCUCUCCAAAGAAAGAAAAGAAGAUUGCAAGAAAGCACGUAUCAUGCCAGAGUGACUUUACAGACCUGUGUACAAAGGGAGUACAGACUGAAGACUUGGAGCUGGAAGAGUUUCCCAUCACACCACAGACAGUUCUGUGUUACGAAAACAAAUGGAAUGAAACAGAGUAUCUUUCUUCGUACUGGAGUACCACGAGCAAAGCGAGCGUGAGCAGAGAUUCUACAUCCAGCUUUGGAAAAGAAGAACCGGCAGUGAAGAUCGGAGGAGGCUCUGGCAAGCAGGAGGCUUCGGGGAAGCCUGAGAGGGAACGAGAAAGAGAAGAACUUGAUAAAGUGAAGAGUCAGUCAUCUUUGCUAGGAAGAGCAGAGAAGCCAGCACUGGACACCGGAAGGUUCCAGAUGGAAACGUCUCAAACUCAGAAUGCUGAUAAACUCGAAGACGAGGCAGAAAGACUAAAGACAGAAAUGCUUCUUGCCAAACUGGACGAAAUCAACCAAGAACUCCAGGAUCCGCAGAACCUCAACCGGCCCCCUUUGCCCUUGCUCCCCAACUUUGAAUCAAAACUGCUUUCUCCAGACAGAAGCCCCAAAUCAUACACAUUCUCCGAGUCUUCAGACAGAAUAAACGGACAUCAUUUGUCAGACAUGAGUUUUUUUUAAGUCCCAGAGGAGAAAGGCCGGAGCCCAGGACCAAUUCGAAGCCCGGGCCCUCCAGAUGAGUUUGCAUUUGGUAGCAACGUGCCUUCGUUUGCGAAAAUGUCAGGGAAGUCCAAUCCACUUAGCCAAAAAAGUAGCCUUUUAGAUUUCCAGAACAACAGUUUUGGAAAGCCGAGGAAGGACAAUGUAGAUUUCAUUUUGAGGAAGGAGAAGAAGGCGAACCUGAUGGAGGAAGCUGUUCGGUAUCCAGUGCCGGCGCCGGCGCCACCAGCCGUCUCCUCCAAGAGCGGUGGUGACCCGAACUUUCUGGCUGCCGGCAGAGGAGACUUGGACCCUCUUCAUUUCCCCUCUGGGGAUAAAAGCAGCAGAGUCCGGGAGCCUGAUGGUGAAGAUGAAGACUUUUUCCACAGCGAGGAAGAAAGUUUUUAAUCCAACAUGCGCCGGCCGAAACACACAAGCAAUAAGCCAACAGUCAAAGCUGCUGACCCUGUUGAUGAGGACAUUGAAGAGGUCACACUCCGAUGACUGACAGGAGCCCGCAGUAU